GUAGAUGGAAAGAAGGAGGAAGCACAGAGGUGUAUGGACGAUAGAAAUGAGUGUGAAGUGACGUGGCCUGAAGUGAUGCCAUGGCAAAAGAAUGGGCCAGGUUUGGCAGUGGACAGUUCAUGCAGCAAGCCACAAGUCCACAGCAGCACAUGUCAGGACACCCAAAUGGGAUUCAGCUACCACCCCCUCCCCUACCUCACCUACCCCUGUCUCCCUACAACCCACUACUGCAAUAUGCUGACAGAGACAGGCAGCACUCCCCAUCAUUCCUUCUCCAUGGCAAACCUAUGCCCUUAGCCUGUAGCCCCAGCCCUAACCCCAGUCCCAACCACCUGCUGGGAGACAGACUUCAGUCACCCUGUAGCCCUUUCCUCAGACACAGUGCUAAUCAAUUUGUCACCCCCAGCUCACCCAGUUCCCCAAAGUUUGGGUGUGGUACAAAUGAUGGGCGCAGACUGAGUAUACCCACGCCCCCAGUGGGCCUGCCCUAUCACAUGAGCCCUGGAGGCAGGAGCAGUGUAUCCCCAGUAGGCCUCCCACCCAGUCCACUCUGGAGGUCGAACUCCAAUCCAGGUGUGUACCCAGAGGGGGAGAAAGGGCGCUCGGUGGUCAGCAGCGCUGAUGUUCAGGAUCGGCUACGUUACCUUGCCCAGCAGAGAUCAUGGCAGAAGGAACAGGGGAAACAACCCGAGGCCUCGCUGCGAACGGGAUUCGGAACUGCUCUGCCUCAGCCCAGUCCAGAGCGGAGCCCUUCAUCCCUGUCUGCACUGAACGGGCCAUUUGGGGGCCUUGGUGGAUUAGCUGUGCCUUCUGUGUCGGGUUCACCGAGUUGUGAUCAAACCACCACUACUAAAAAGUCUGUUGGGGUUCUGGGUCAUAAAGACGAAAAGCGUUCAGCAAUUCCAGGAUCAAGGCAUGAUGGUAUAUACGGAUCCCAUCAACUGCUGCCCACUGCUAAUCCUACAAAUCAGUCCCUGUGUGCUCUGCAGAGACAGGCCACUUUUCACCUGUCUGCACACAAGGGCCAGCCAUCCAACUCUCACAAUACGGGUAGAACCAGCUUUAUAAAUGGAUAUGAUUCUAACAGCAUGGAGUCCAGCCGGAUGAAAAUGUCAAAACCCUCAUCUGUGUCAGGUUCAGUCAUGAUUCCAUCAAGACCCCCACCAGCUUAUCCACAAAAUGGCGUGGCCUUUGCAAAGUCAUCAGCCCCAACUCUGCAGACUAAAAAACCUAGCAUUCAGGAAAGCCAAAGGAAAAAUCCAGACAUGUUGAGCCGUGAAAGAGAGCAAGAAAUAUUGGCAGAUAUACAAAAACGCUUUUCCCUACCCAGUGACCAUUGGUCUUCUAAAAUACAGGACAGCAACAAAUUGAUGAGCAAUAAAACAGGUUCCCAGCCUGUAAAAAAGGAGUCAUCCGAUAAAGUGAAAAUAAAGAAAAGGAAGAAGAUUGAAACAUCAUUACCAACAAAGCCAGAGCAAGACAAAGAUGAAAACUUAGUAAAAGCACAAACAAAAUUGGACCCCAUGCUUGAAAAAGUAUCCUAUAUAUUCUAA